GCCCCGGAGCGGCGGCGGCCGCAGCGCAGAGCGGAGCCCGAGCCGGAGCCGGAGCCGGAGCGCAGCCACCAGGCUGCAUUCCCCACCCGUCCUCCGGCAGCAGACGGGCCAAUUUCUCCCCUUGCUACAGAGCUGAGACCUGGCCGGGUGCUGUGGAGCCAUCCAUGACAGAGACUGAGCAGCAGGAAGCAAGAAGGAGGGGAGAGGCUUUCCCCUUCUGCAGCAGCAGCUCCUUGUGAGCCCCGGGACGCAGCCCCACCCUACCCCCUCCUCCCUGCCAGGCUCCCCUCACCCCCAUUACAGACACCAGAGCCAUCCCCACCAGGCACAGAAUGUGUGAUUCUGGCUGGGGGGGAUGCCCUCCGCAGCCCCAGCUGUGACCCAUGGGGAGGGAGCUGGGAUCCCAGCGGAGAGGAAGGGCCUGGCGGGGCAGGGUGCCUGAGGCCUUUUGGGCCUGAGUGAGGCGGUCUGUUGGAAUUGGGGGUGGGGAAGCAGCUGGAGACUGAUCACCCGGCAUGGAUUGUGUGGCCCUGCACAGCCUCCCCGAGGGACUGCAGACAGGAGAUUCCCGAGACGAGACGCUGGGCUUGGGCUGGCUGUGCUGGGCUCCGUGGAGGCCUCAUUACUCAUGCUGCUGAGGUCGAGAGCUUUCAGCAGGGCAGCGGCGCUAUGGAGGCACCGCCUGAGAGCACCAGGGGCUGAGUGUAACCAGAGUCAAGCGGGGAAGAGGGGGGCGCAUGACCCUGCAUUUUCCCAAGUGUCUCCUAUUUGGAUGUGAACAGAGGGGCAGCAGGGGCUGGAUCAUUUUCCUUCUGCUCCCACCAGCUGCACCUGGACUUUGGAGCACCAGGGAUUGGGUGUGGCCAAGAUGCUCGCUCCAGCCUGGCUCCAUGUGUAGUUAAGAGACUAGACAGCCUCUGGGCAACUGGGAUCAUUCCUCCGGGGCCAGCACGUUGCAGAGACACUGCUCGUUCCUCAUCCAUGCUGCUUUCGGGAGGACUCUGAAGCCAGAGGUCGAGCCAGUCGGGCCCAGAGAGCCACCCCCAGAGGGCAAGGGGCCUGGGAGGAUGCCCUCCUGCUGACUUCCCUGUCUCCAGCCCCUCUGCUGCCUCCCUGCUCAGGCUGCUGCCUGCUGACCUGGCGCCAUGUUGCGGCCGAGCUCAGGGGUGUUGAUCUCGGUGAAUGGGCUGGGCUUCCCACCGCAGAAUCUGGCCCGCGUGGUGGUGUGGGAAUGGCUGAACGAGCACGGGCGCUGGCGGCCCUACACAGCGGCAGUCUGCCACCACAUUGAGAAUGUGCUGAAGGAGGAUGCCCGGGGCAGCGUGGUGCUGGGGCAGGUGGAUCCCCAGCUGGUUCCGUAUAUCAUCGACCUGCAGUCCAUGCACCAGUUCCGCCAGGACACAGGGUUCCUGCCCUCCCGGUUAAGAAUCUGAAUGGAACCGGACCAGUCCAUCCUGCCCUGGCAGGUAUGACAGGCAUUUUGAUGUGUGCUGCUGGGCUGCCUGUAUGCCUGACCCGGGCCCCGAAGCCCAUCCUGCACCCUCCGCCCGUGAGCAAGAGCGACAUCAAGCCGGUGCCUGGGAUCAAUGGCAUCUGCAGGAAAACCAAGAAGAAGCACCUCAAAAAGAGCAAGAAUCCUGAGGAUGUGGUGCGCCGGUACAUCCAGAAGGUGAAGAGCCCGCCGGACGAGGACUGCACCAUCUGCAUGGAGAGGCUGGUGGCCUCGUCCGGCUACGAGGGCCUGCUCAGCCACAGGGGCGCCAAGCCGGAGCUGGUGGGCAAGUUGGGCAAGUGCGGGCACAUGUACCACCUCCUCUGCCUGGUGGCCAUGUACAACAACGGCAACAAGGAUGGCAGCCUGCAGUGCCCCACCUGCAAGGCCAUCUAUGGGGAGAAGACCGGGACCCAGCCCCCAGGGAAGAUGGAGUUCCACAUCAUCCCACACUCGCUGCCAGGCUACACGGAAUCCAAAACCAUCCGCAUCGUCUACGACAUCCCCACAGGCAUCCAGGGCCCAGAGCACCCGAACCCCGGGAAGAAGUUCACAGCCCGAGGCUUCCCCCGGCACUGCUACCUACCGGACAACGAGAAAGGCAGGAAGGUUCUGAAGCUCCUGAUUGUGGCAUGGGACCGCCGGCUCAUCUUCACCAUUGGCACAUCCAGCACGACGGGAGAGUGCGACACUGUGGUGUGGAACGAGAUCCACCACAAGACAGAGUUUGGUUCCAACCUCACUGGCCACGGCUACCCUGACCCCAACUACCUGGACAAUGUCCUGGCUGAGCUGAUGGCCCAGGGGGUCUCGGAAGCCAACCUGAAGGACUGAGGAGGAAGCCCCCGCUCUCUGCUUGCGUGCUUCUUGGCAGCCAAACCCCGCCUGCGUCCGUGUCUCCGUGAGUCCAUCCUCCACCACCGCCAUGCCCGGGAACCACCCACCUUCCCAGAGCCCUCACUCUGCUUCUGCUGCCUUGACCUUCAGUAACCUUCAGACUGCAAUGCUGGCCUUGGCUGGGGUGCCGCGGAAGUGUACGUCCCCCAGCAGGCGGAGUGGCUCUCCCUUUAACCGAUGCCACGUGCACGCCCCUCAGACACGCCGGCCGAUGAGCAGCAGGCCAGCAGGAGCUGCGUGAGUGACCAAGCAACGCAAAGCUGGGCUGAUUAUUUUUUUAUACUCUUGUGAUCUGUGAUAUUUUCCCUGUUAGA